AUGCCAGAUUACGAGCUGAAAGGAAAUCUCCGAAUGCGGGAUGAGUCUGAUCCAGAAGUUGAAGCAAGGCCCCAAAGAAUCCCUAAAACUGUCAUGGUGACUGGCGCGAAUCGAGGUAUUGGCUUGGGAUUGGUCCAACAUUUUCUGGAAUAUGAUGCAAUUGAAAUUCUUAUUGCCACAUGUCGAAAUCCGGAAAAAGCGGAAGAAUUGAACAAGCUGAAAGGUGAUAAAAGACUAUAUAUCAUUGCGAUGGAUGUGGAUGAUGAUGAAUCUAUCAAGAAAGUUUUCGAGGAAGUUUCCGAAUUGGUGUCUUCCAAUGGACUGAAUGUACUGAUCAACAAUGCUGGAAUUCUGCUGCCAUAUGAAGUCGAUGGGCAAAUUUGUCGGAAGACAAUGUUGAAACAGUUGGAGACCAAUUCUGUUUCGGUGGCGAUUGUGACUCAAACAUUUCUUGGGCUUCUCAAAAAGGCAUCGAGCAAUGUGAGUGGAGAGGAUGUGAGAAUUGAUAGGGCAGCAAUCAUCAACAUUUCAUCGACUAUGGCUUCGAUUGAAAAGAAUGAUGGGUGCUUUUCAGGACCAAUGACAGCGUACCGAAUGAGCAAAUCUGCUCUGAACUCGUUCUCUCGUCAAUCAUACAUGGAACUCUCAAAGUACAACAUUCUCGUUGUUUCUUUCUGUCCUGGAUGGGUUCGUACUGAUAUGGGUGGAGAAAAUGCGGAUAUCGAUGUAAAUGAAUCCACUCGAACACUUUCUGCUAACAUUCUUCGUCUGGAUUCCCGAAACAAUGGAUUGUACUUCGAUAGAUUUUUACAUCCGAUCCCAAACUGA